AUGAAGAAGGGCUCAAGCUGCUCUGAGCCCACUUUUAGCAAGUGUUGGCCACGGCGUUGGAUGCAGCCUGCUCUGGGGAGAGGUGGAAAGCCCUUAGGGAAGAGGCUGGGAGCGAGCCACAUGGCUUGCACUGGGGAAUGGCACGUCUUGAACCCUUCACAGGAAAGUUACAGCAUAAGGACGGACUUGCUUUGUCCAUCUUACCAAACCACGCAUCCGACAGCUUGUGUAUGGCCUGACCCUGCUGGACUCAUCUACGCAGAGUGUGCGGAAAGGAUGCUGUCCCCAGCCUGCCACCUUCCCGGCUCUCAGCGGAAGCCUUGCUGGAGCCGAGCGGGUGAGAAACCAGCAGAGCCAGCAUCGGAUUGCAGCAGGCUCCUCCUCCAGAGAGGGAAGGAGAGGCGGCGAGCCGGAGCCAGCAACUCCAGGCUGCCUACCUGCACCUCGCCAGCCGGGCUGGGGACCGCGCCGGGGGCCAGCAUCUUCCCAGCCUGCAUCCCAUGGGAUGUGCGGGGCCCCCGGUGCUCCCUGCUGCCCCGGGAGCAUCUCCCCGCUGCCGCCCGCAUCCAGCCCGGCAUGGAGAGCCUGAGCAGCAGCCUGAAGAAGAAAGCCACGGAGCAGCACUACAGGGCAGAGGUGAUGAUCGCUGGAGAGCAGCUGAGGCUUCGCCUCCACGAUGGGAAGCUCAUUAAGGACAGACGCUACCACCUCCGAACAUACCCAAACUGCUUCGUGGCAAAGGAGCUCACCGACUGGCUGAUCGACCACAAAGAAGCGCCGGACCGAGAGACGGGCAUCCGCCUCAUGCAGAAGCUGAUGGACCACUACAUCAUCCAUCACGUCUGCGACGAGCACUCGGACUACAAGGACGCCAAGCUGCUGUACCGCUUCCGCAAGGACGACGGGACCUUCCCGCUCAGUAAGGACGUGAAGGUGUUCAUGAGAGGGCAGAGUCUGUAUGAGAAGCUGGUGAGCGUGGAAGAGUCUAUUCUGAAGGUGAGAGAGGAGAACUCGGUGAAAUACCAGAGGACUUUCCUGGGCUGCGAGAUGGUCGACUGGCUCAUUCAGGAGGGAGAAGCAGAGAACCGAAAGGAAGCAGUAGAGCUGGGACGGGCGCUCCUGGAACAUGGGAUCAUUCAGCAUGUCUCCAAUAGGCAUCACUUCUUUGACAGCGACAUCCUCUACCAAUUCUGGAUCAACUUUCGACGGAGGCGCCGUCUCACAGAAUUACUCAAUGAGAACUCUUCUCGCACCCUGUCCGAGAGCCCAGACAGCCCCUUCUGUCUUCGCAAGCUCAACCCGGACCCAGGAAACACCAGCUUUCUCUCCGUCCAGACCAACAAGGAGAUCAAAAUUGUCUCAGCGGUUCGAAGGAGCAGCAUCACUUCCCUCGCUGGAAACUCCAACCCCUACUUCAGCGCCACUCCUAUGCUGGUGUUCCCUCCCGUGGCCGAGUGCAACCCCAAAUCAGUGUUAAAGAGACCCGUCACCAAUGAAGAGCUCCUGUCCCCCGGGGCCCCCUACAUCAAGAAAACGCUAACCAUUGUGGGGGACGCGGUGGGCUGGGGGUUUGUGGUCAGAGGAGGAAGACCCUGCCACAUCCAGGCAGUCGACCCAGGAGGACCUGCUGCUGCUGCAGGGAUGAAGGUGUGCCAGUUUGUUUUCUCAGUGAACGGAAUGUACGUUUUGCACCUGGACUAUCAGACCAUCAGCAGCCUCAUCAUGACAGGACCACGAACUCUCGUGAUGGAAGUCAUGGAGGCCAUUGAAUGAGCGAAGGAGUCUCAUCCCACCGCUGUUUGGAAAGGCAGGACACUCCACUAAGCAAGGAUGGACUGUGGGGAGGGACCAAGCUGGACCAUUCACUGUGAAAUAUUAGCCAGGCAUUUUAAUAUAUUUUCAAAUAAAUGCACUCUAAUGGACAAGUCUCGGAUUUUGAUGUUGUUGAACAAUUUGUCUCUUGAGAAGGGUCUAAGCUCUUGCAGCUCCUUUUUAAUGGCAGUGAGGAGAGUUCAGCGCAUCCUGAAACCAAGCUUUAGAACAAGCCAUCCACCCAGGCAAGCUGCAAGGCAGGUGGUACGAGCCGGUGAGCAGCAAUAAGUUUGAUACCAAGCAAGUGAGUACGUCUGAGCUCCCUUGAGUUGUCUGUGCAGUCUACUGAGAACACAAUGUGCUUUCCAGAUGGCCUGAUAAGCCGUGCCAUCGACUCUGUCAAGAAAAUAAGGAGAUGAAUACAGUGAUAUAUGCUUCCUUGUAAAGUAGGGCUCCUGCUACUCUCUUGGCUUAGCCACGCUCAUCACCAGGACUCGUUGUUCUUCCCAGCUGAGUUUCUUGAAAAGGCAAGACUUCCAUGAUUGCACUUUUUGUGCCUCCACACCCCAAUACUGCUUAAAUUCUUUAACCAGUUUCACCUCGGCAUGGAGCCAGGCAGGGGUCCCGAUUGUCAUAGACCAACCUAGUGACGGCAGGCAGAGGUGGGAAGGAGAGACACUAAACAGUAUCUGGCCAAAAGGAAAUGUGUUGUCGCCUGAGUUUGACCCUGGGAGUGAGCAGAAAUGAGUGAAAGCCACCAAAAUCCAGCCCUCCCGGGCCCUGCUGCUCCCAGGAUGACUGCAUUGGCAGGCGAUGAAGAAUACUCAUGUGCAGACUACCCUGAAAGUGAACUAAAUAUAGAAUAACAGGUAACAACAGGAAACUGGGGAGGUUUUUUGCUUUCCAGUUCACAGAGCACCCUGCCCGUGAUCAGCCUGCAAUGCUGUGGUACAGCAGGACGACUUCCAGCGCUCCUGCUUAGGGCAGGUCCCUCGGUGAAGCUCUUUUGGCCACCAACCAAGGCUUUUUUAAGCCCAACUCCAAACCAAAAAAAAUAGUCAUUUUGAUUCGUGUUAAAGUGAAAAGGGGAGCUGACUUUCCUGGAAAAUCUGGUGUCAGCUGUGUAUUAGGUAUUGCAUUACUGCUGGCUGCCUUUUUUUUUCCCUUGAUAUAAAGGGAUAUGUGCUCCCCCAGCGCUGGUGCAGAGGCCAUAGGACUACUUGGAGCACAGCAUUCCUGGAACGUGGUCCAAGCGAGAUGUUUGCAUUGAUAACCCACUGGGGUCCUUCCAGCCCCUAAGUGAAACCAGACAAUCCUUUAAACCAUUUGUCAAUAUACUCACAGUUGUUGUUUCUAGCCAUUCAGCGCACAAGCAAAGCAGCAUCCAUCUGCCUUUUUGCUUUUUAAAUUCUGGUUUGUGUUUCUAGUCAGGGGAAUUUUGGG